AUGGCGCCCCCUGUGGCUAACUGGUCGCACGUGCCUCAGGUGGCGGUCUUCUCUCUGGCGUGGUACACAGACUUGGGGCCGUGGCGGUUCGUGGUCUUCUUCGUGGUGUUGUUGUUGUAUCUGUUCAUCGUCGGAGCGAACCUGCUGGUGAUCGUGGCGAUCUGCUCCCAGCGCUCGCUGCACGAGCCCAUGUACAUGUUCCUGUGUUCUCUGCUGUUGAACGAGCUGAACGGCAGCGCCGGGCUGUUCCCGUUCUUCCUGGUGCAGCUGGCGCAGGACGUUCACACGGUGAAGGCGGCGCUCUGCUCGCUGCAGAUCUUCUGUCUCUAUUUUUACGUUAACGUUCAGUUUUACAGCUUCGCCGUCAUGUCCUACGACCGCUACCUGGCCAUCUGCCGGCCGCUGCGCUACGCCGCCCUCAUGAGGCCGCGCGCGGCGGCGCUGCUCAUCUUCCUCUCCUGGUGUCUGCCCGUCGUGGCCAUCGUCACCAUGACGACGCUGUCGGCGACGCUGACGUACUGCCGCCACGUGCUGGAGCGGCUGUACUGCGAUAACUACUCUGUGGUGAAGCUGUCGUGCGACGACACCGUGGUCAAUAACGUGUACGGGCUCCUGUACACCUUCAUCGUGCUGUUUGGACUCACGCUCGUCAUCAUCGUCUGCUACGCGCGGAUCCUCAGAGUGUGUUUCACGAGCCUGAAGCAGCGGCAGAAGGCCCUGAGCACGUGCACGCCGCAUCUGGCCUCGCUCUUCAACUUCUCUUUGGGCUGUUUCCUGGAGAUCAUCCAGAGCCGGCUCAACAUGGCGGCCGUGCCGCGGUGGCUGCGCGUGGUCCUGUCUCUGUACUUCGUCACCUUUCAGCCUCUGUUCAACCCGCUGCUGUUCGGACUCAACCUCAGCAAGAUCCGCGCCGCCUGCAAACGGCUGCUGGGGGCGGGGCGUGAGGGGGCGGGGCGUGAGGGGGCGGAGCUGCAGCGCUCAUAA